CAUUUGCAAUCGACCUCACUGCUAGCUUGACUGAUUCACUUCACUUUCUCUUUAAAAACGUUAUUUCUUUUUACUUUAGUUCAGACUUUGUUUGUUGGUUUGUUCCAUUCUAGUGCAGUAUUCCACACACUUUAUAAAGUUCAAGUUUAGUUUAUUAGUUCAAAUGUUCCAAUCAAUUCUGCUGCUAGACUGAGACUCGAGACUACUGUAACGUUGACUGUUACCUCACCUCACUGGUAAGAAUUAUUGACUUUAAUUAUUAAAUUGGUAGCCUCUUUGGCCCUCGCCAAAAUGCCGUGGGCGGUUGUUGAAUUUUUGACUAGUGAAGAGGUGGAGGCAGUGCCUCGAAACUGGAUAAUUAAACAUGAGGACAAUCUCAUGUGUUUGUGGCCACCUCCCAAAGUCCACAAGCUGACUGACCUAAUUGCGAGGGAAGUGGACAUUAGUGAACUUGAUGGGACAACAAAAUACAGCAUUCGUAUUCUUGGUGAAAACUAUGAAACCUUUGCUCAGGCAAGACAAAAGUGCAUCAAAGCACAAAAAGAAUCCGAACUUGAUAGUUGCGGAGAAAGUGAAGCAGAAAGAGCUACAAGGAAACGGUUUGCAAAAACCUUGUUUUCUCCAUCAAAUUCACCAAAAAAAAGAAAGAUUUCAGACUUCUCAAAAUUAGAUUCGCCGAACGGUCCUCUACUUCCACCUCCCACAUUUGUUCCCAACAGAAAUAAUUCUGAAAUCCACCAUAAUGGUUGUUCAAGUAGUCCUAAGCCUACAACACAUAAAGAAGAAACAAGUCAAGUGAAACGUACACACAAGUUGUCUAGUUUGGAUGAAGAGUGGAAGAGGAAGAUUUCCAAUGAGUUGGCAUACCUCAAACUUAAAUUAGACGCCAUAUAUGAAGUGGUGGUGACGCUCCAAGCAUCGCAAUCAAAGACCUCUGAUGACAUCUUCGAAGAAAGCGAAGCCGCCUCACAGAAUAUAGAUAUAAUAUGCAACCCAAUCGAAAAUGAGUCACAUUUGGAGAAUUUCGAAAAAAAGCUGCAGGAAAAAAAAACCUACGACUUUGUGGUCAAAGAUUUAAGUCGACUUGGUGGAACCACCACCAAAGAAGUAACAAAAAGAAUACUGCGGAAGCUUUUAUCAGACAAACUGGCCCAGCAUUACAGUUUCCACGGGUUUAAAAAAAAAAAAGUUUUUGGGACCCUGAAAAUGAAAAAUGUGAUUUUUGAUGCUGUCAGAAAAACUCCAUCUACUACUCAAAGUUCGGAUGCAGAGAUCGAGGGUGUAGUUAAAGACUGGCUACGACAGGCCAAAUUUCGAUUGAUAGCUAAAAACAAAACACAAUACCCUGUGGUCCAAGGUGUAGAUGAACAAGUCGAAGACCAUCAGGGAGGCCCAUCAUCAUGAACACAACUCAGAAAAGUUUACCGUCUAAAUUAGGCUAAUUAUUUA